UAAUUUAUUCAUUUUUCUCCUGUGGCAGGUAAUUCAGUAUCUGAACCUCAAUUUUUUCCACUUAUCAUUUUUUAUUGUUGGCCACGCAAGGGGAGGAAAAGAUAGCACUUUGGUGUUUACAUCACUAAGGGUAUGGCUGAGGUUAAGACUUCUGGGAGACCUAUAGACCAAUUGUUGGAGAAGGUUCUCUGCAUGAACAUUCUCUCUUCUGAUUACUUCAGAGACCUGUUGCGGCUGAAAACUUAUCAUGAAGUGAUUGAUGAAAUCUAUAAUCAAGUUGACCAUGUGGAACCAUGGAUGACUGGCAACUGUCGUGGUCCUUCAACAGCCUUCUGUCUUCUCUACAAGUUCUUUACAAUGAAACUUACUGUCAAGCAAAUGCAUGGCCUGUUAAAGCAUCCGGAUUCUCCUUACAUUAGAGCUGUUGGGUUCCUUUAUCUGAGAUAUCUUGCGGAUUUUAAGACAUUAUGGAGUUGGUAUGAGCCUUAUCUCAAAGAUGAUGAGGAAUUCUCUCCUGGAUCCAGUGGCAAAAUGACCACAAUGGGCGUAUAUGUGCGUGACUUAUUUCUCGGACAGUAUUAUUUUGACACACUACUACCCCGCAUUCCUGUUCCUGUUAUGCGAGCAGCAGUUGCCAAUCUUGAAAAAAUGAAUCUGCCAACCAAACUCUCUGGCUCAACUGGGGACUCUAGUCGUGGAUCUGAGGAAACUUCCCGCCGGCCACCUUCUGUCAAAGCUUCCCUUUCAGUGUCCUUUGGUCAGCGUGCACCUCAUCGUGCAUCAACUAGAGAUUCAUCUCCCGUCCGACGUACAAUUGCACCACCGCCACUCUAUGAUAGGGAUGUUGCAGAUGAUUCAAGACGGUCCCCCAGCAAGCGCCGGAGUCAAAGCCGUGAUUUAUCUGACCGAGAAAAUUCUGAAAGGGACAGGGGCCGGGACAGAGAGAGGGACAAGGAAAGAACAAGGGACAGAGACCGUGAUAGGGAUAGGGAUAGGGAUAGGGAUAGAGAUAGGUAUAGGGACCAGGAUAGAGAAAGGGAGGGGGGCAGGGAUCGGGAUAGAGAUAGGAGGUAUGAUGAAAGGGAUAGAGACAGGAGGCGUGAUUAUGACAGAGAUCGAGGAAGGGAUAGAGACAGGAGGUAUGAUUAUGAUCGAAGGUCAGUAGAGAGAAGCAGAAGAAGCCGUAGUAGGAGUAGAAGCCACAGCCAAAGCUUGCAUGAUCAAGGCGCCAAUCUUGAUCAACAGCGAACUCCACCUAGAGAUGAGAGCAAGGAGAAGAGGGCUCCAUCUACAUCUAGCAAUCUAGCCAAGCUUAAAGAUCUAUAUGGUGACUUAGGCAGUCAAAAGGAGAACGUAGGCGACUACGAUAGGGCUCCAAAUAGGGAUUCAAGUACUGAGGAGGUUAUCAGACUUGGUGGUUCAUGGAGGUAGUUGGUCACAUUUACAUUUUGUAAGAGUCGUUUGGAUACCCUCACCCUCCCACUUGCCCAGAAGAGCACACUGUCGGUAUAAUGCCUUUUGUCAAAAGGGAAUAUGCAACUGAUAGCUGCAGCGAGGACAUACUGUUUCAUGAUAGUGCAGUCGGGCAGAGCUGCGUGUAAACUGGAUUUCCUUUACUAUUUUAAAUGCAUGUUACAUUAUCGGAUGGAUUUAAGAUAUAUUGUUGUUCAAACAUUUUUGUCAGUAACUUGAUCAAACAUUAUUUCUUAUUAUGUUAGAUGGAGCUGACUCAACUACUUAAAAGCUAUUGACAAACUUAUAGGACUCAUCAUUGCAGGA